GCGGCGGCCGGGACCCCCCCCCCCCCCUCCCCAACCCGCCCCGGGGCACCGCACCGCCCGGCUGGAACCAUGGCGGAGGCGGCGGACAGCGGCGGCUGCGGAACCGCCACCGUCAUCGAGACCGGCGCCGCCGAGCCGGAGAACCGCAGCCUGACCCUGAAGCUGCGCAAGCGGAAGCCGGACAAGAAAGUCGAGUGGUCGAGUGACACCGUCGACAACGAGCACCUUGGCCGCCGCUCCUCCAAGUGCUGCUGUAUCUAUGAGAAGCCGCGGGCGUUCGGGGAGAGCUCGACAGAGAGCGAGGAGGAAGAGGAGGAGGAAGAGGAAGCGGCGGUGGCGACGACGAGGGGGGGGGACGAAGGCUGCGGUCACCUCCACUGCGUCCGGGGACAUAAACGGGGGCGAGGGCGGCGGGGGGGGGCUGGGGGGGGCCUACCGGGGGCCGGGGGGGGGCCCCAAGCGCUGCCCCCCGGGCCCCCUGCCCCUAUGGAGCACUGAGGAAUCCCCUAUGGAUGCUCCUGCCCCCCCCCCCGACUGACCCGUGUCCCCCCUCCAGGACCCCUGACCCCAAAUAUUGACUCUGGGCUUGACCCCCACCCCAAAAAUCACCCCCCCAUCACCUUGGGGAUUACCCUGCCCCCCCCAAAUCAAUGCCUGAGCCCCCCCAAAUCAAUGCCUGACCCCCCCUAGUCGAUGCCUGAUGCCCCCCCCCGCAGCUCCUGAGGACCCUCCCUCCCCAAAAUAUCAAUGCCUGCCCCCCCCCCCCCCAAAACACCAUCUCCUGGUCCCCCCAUCCUGCCUCACCCCCCACCCCAGACGCACCCAGUGUUUGGGGGGGCCAUUUUGGGGUGCCCCCCUCCCAAAAUCAUGCCCCCCGCCCCGCACUCCAUGGCACCUGUGGGCAUUAAAGGUGGCACCGCUGCGA